AUGUCGGCGAAAGAGAGACCAAAAGGAAAGAUGACGAAAGACAGCGUUACCUUGCUGCCAUGCUUCUAUUUUGUUGAGCUGCCCAUCUUGGUGUCGUCGGUGGUGAGUCUGUACUUCCUGGAGCUGACGGACAUGUUCAAGCCGGUGCGCUCGGGCUUCAGCUGCAACGACCGCAGCCUGAGCCUACCCUACAUCGAGCCCACGCACGAGGCCGUCCCCUUCCUCAUGCUGCUCAGCCUGGCCUUCGCCGCACCUGCCAUCACGAUAAUGAUCGGCGAGGGGAUUCUGUUCUGCUGCCUGUCCCGGAGGCAUAACGGGGCCGGGGCCGAGGCUGACAUCAAUGCGGCCGGGUGCAACUUCAACUCCUACAUACGCCGGGCCGUCAGGUUUGUAGGUGUCCAUGUUUUUGGCUUGUGUGCCACGGCGCUGAUCACUGACAUCAUCCAGCUGGCCACGGGCUACCACGCGCCGUACUUCCUGACCGUCUGCAAGCCCAACUACACCAGCCUCAACACCUCCUGCGACGACAACGCAUACAUCAUGGACGACAUCUGCUCCGGGGCCGACCCCGCCCUCAUCAACGCCGGCAGAAAAUCUUUCCCUUCCCAGCAUGCAACACUGGCAUCCUUCGCCGCCGUCUAUGUCUCGAUGUACUUCAACAGCACGCUGACGGACUCGUCCAAGCUGCUGAAGCCGCUCUUGGUGUUCUCCUUCAUCAUCUGUGCCAUCAUCUGCGGCCUGACGCGCAUCAUCCAGUACAAGAACCACGCCAUCGACGUGUACCUGGGCUUCAUCCUGGGAGGAGGCAUCGCUGUGUACCUUGGUCUGUACGCAGUUGGAAACUUCCAGCCCAACGAGGAGGAGUCCAGCUCCAAGACAGGCCUCUGUGGAGGAGGAGCAGGAGGAGCCCCGAGGUCCAUGCCGUCCUUCACCGGCCACGACGGCGCCGGCACGGGUCCCAAUGCCCGCCACUUGCCCGCCAAGGGCAUCCUGACCAGCAACAGCACGGCCAUGGACGGCGGGCUCACCACCUCGCACUCGGAGGGCACGCUGCACCGCAACCACCACGGCCCACCGCUCGGCGGCCCCGGCUCCGUAGGUGCCGGCAGCUUGAAGCAGCGCUCCAACGCAGCGGCAGCAGACGUAGAGGUCCUCUCGCCCCUGGCGGCGGCCGCGCUGGGCAAGGACAGCCUGGUGACCUUUAGUAACACGCUGCCCCGAGCCCACGUGACCCCCGGGGGCGGGGGAGGAGGAGGAGCAGGCGGAGGAGGAGGAGGAGGAGGAGGAGGAGGUGGAGGCGGGGAGGAGGUGUCCCGUCGCACGGCCACCUACCACGCCUCCAUGGACUCCAGCCGCUCCAAGCAGCUGCUGUCGCAGUGGAAGAGCAAGAACGAGAACCGCAAGCUGUCGCUACAGGCCAUGGAGCCGCCGGGCGGUGGCGGCGGCGGUGUUGCGUGCGGCCCCUCGCCCUCGCGCAGCAUGGACGGACGCUGCAGCUCCGAGCCCCCCGUCAGCCUCAACGGCGGAGAGCUGCUCCACCUGCAGCAGCAGCAGUACCACCAGCAGCAGCAGCAGCAGGCGCACGCGCAGAUGCAGCAGCAGGCCCACAUGCACGCGCAGAUGCAGCAGAUGGCGCAGAUGCAGCAAAUGCAGCAGAUGCAGGCUAUGCAGGCGCAGCUGCAGCAGUACCACCCGAGCCAGCUGCACCAGGGUCCCGCCGCGCAGUACCUGAAGCUGGCCACCAGCGGCAGCAACACGCUCCCCACCAACCCCAGCGGGAUAGCGGGCGGCGCCCGCGUCCACAUGCAGUCGCGGCCCGGCUCGUCGCAGCUGGUCCACAUUCCCGAGGAGACGCAGGAGAACGCAUGCGGGUCGCCCACCUCCAACGCGGCGGCACGCGCCAAGUGGCAGAAGGCGGCGGAGAUGGGCAUCUCGGUGUCCACCACCUCCUCGUCGGCCUCCAUGCCCUGCGUGGCUGCGGGCGCCAACAACGGCAACAACAACGGCAGCGUCAGGACUAACGGUAACGGGCAGCCGCGCAUCAUGCAGGUGAUCGCCAUGUCCAAGCAGCAAGGCCUACUACACUCCAACUCGCAGAGCUCCGAGGGCAGCGGCAACUCCUUCCGCUACAAGACCCUGCAGGAGCAGCAGGAGACGGCCUCCACUACCGCCGGAUCGGUCACGGGCGUGCCCACCGCCGGCAGCACGACCAGCAGCAACCAGGCCACCAACCCGGGCACCAUCAUCCGGGUGGAGGCCCACCCCGAGGACGCGCGGCCUACGGUGCAGGCUCCCUGCCAGGACAGCAGUGGGUGCGGCAGCGGGCCCGGGAGCGGCUCGUGGACGUGGAAGUCCCAGGGCAGCCUGCGGCAGUCCUUCGAGCUCAACGACCUGAACCGGGACUCGGGCAGCUCGGAGUCGCUGCGGGACGGCUACGGCUCGGCCGACCGCAUCAAGAGGCCCAGCGGCAACCAGCCCAUCCCUGCCGCCGUGCCGACCGUGCCCACCAUCAGCACCAGCUCCAUGAACGACCCCCACCACCCGCAGCAGCAGCAUCCCCAGCAGCAGCACCCACAACAACAUCCACAGCACCCCCAACACCCACACCUCCACCAGGGCAUCUCUACCAUACGCGUCACCCCAGUGGAGGGCAGCGGGGACGGGACACUAAGCGGCUCCGAGAGCCUGUCGGUGGCGUCCAGCCGGGAGUCGACGCUCCGGAGGAAAGGAAACCUCAUCCUCAUCCCCGAGCGGAGCAACAGCCCGGAUAACGCGCGGAACAUUUUCUAUAAGGGAACGUCCUCCACGCCAGUUCCCAAGGAGUAGUAGUGGUACUCACUGUGCUCGUACUGUACAGUGGUUGUAGUGUAGUGGUACACACUACAUACUCCUGAAGGAUUUGCGUGGCCUUUCGUUCUUUUAAUGUUAUUUUGUUCCUUUUGUUUUGUUGCAUUGUUUUUUUCAAACAAAGCAGAUGUGCUGCUGGGAUUGACAGCGAGCCCCCACAAACUACCCUACCCCACCUUCACACCACCCCCCAAAAACAUUUCAAAUGGAUUUAGGAAUUUGGUUGUUCUUCAUGAAUGCAUAUGAGGUCUCAAGCUGCUGGAAAGAUCAGCUUCUUUAAAAGUUUAGGUUUUUAUUAUUUACUUUGGUUACUGUGUUCAUGUUUAGGUAUACUCAGCCAUUUUUUUUUAUCGUGCAUGGGAUGUAUUUUUGAUCAUUUAUAAAUAUAUAUAUCUUUAUAUCUAUAUCUGAAUAUAGUUGCACAAAAAGCACAAACCUAAUGUGUUGUGAAGUUUACUCUAAAACGAAGUGAAGCGUCAAGAGAAACGUGUUACAGGCUGUAGUCCUAUAGUCUCUCCUUGUUGGGUUGCCGGUGCACUUGACCACUGUGAGAAGGAAAGGAGUUCUCUCUGUGCCAAGAUUAGAAACGCUGACGAUAGCGAAAGUGUUAAAAUCGUUCUUUUUUAUUCUUUACCCCCACCUGUAAGGAGUACGAUCCUGUGCAUAAGUGAUAUUCUGUAAGAAGAUUAAACAUUAACAUCAUUCUUUUUGAUUGAUCAGUUCCAUUGUAAAUAUUUCUAAACAUUUGGUGCUA